AUGGAUAAAAGUUGGAUAAAUCAGCAUAGGUUGCACCCGGAAUAUAUACAAGGGGUUAAGGAAUUUAUUAAAUUUGCAUGCGAAAAUAAGCCAUUGUUGAAUGAAGUCACAUGCCCAUGUAAACGGUGUCGUAAUGUCAAAUUGGUGGAGAAAGGCCUGUUAGGGGAACAUUUAAUGAUCAACGGGUUUCUUCCAAGUUACACCAGUUGGAUUUUUCAUGGGGAGAAUUUGUCAUCGCCUGUGCCACACAAUGUGAAUGUCGGGCAAACUUAUUUGAACGAUGGUGAUGAAACUUAUGAAAUGCUAUACGAAGGAUUUGGACUUCCUCCACCAAGCUUUAUUCAUGAGGAAGCAAGUUUUGGUAUUAAACAAGGUCCAGAUGAGAAAACUGAAAAAUUCUUCAAUUUAUUGAAAGAGGCCGAAAGAGAGUUGUAUCCUGAGUGUCAGAAGUUUUCAACGCUCUCAUUUAUUGUUCGGUUAUUGCACAUCAAGUGCCUUAGUGGAUGGAGUGACAAGUCUUUCACGAUGUUGCUUGAGCUUUUGAAGGAUUCGUUCCCAAAGGGUGAAACUUUGCCAAAGUCAUUUUAUGCAACUAGGAAACUUCUUAGGGACUUGGGCCUCGAUUAUCAUAAGUUUGCGAGUGAGCCGCGCAAUGUCAGACUGGGUUUAGCAGCGGAUGGAUUUAAUCCAUUCAAGGCAAUGAAUGUCUCGCAUAGCAGUUGGCCAGUUAUUAUAAUGCCAUACAAUUUGCCACCAUGGUUGUGCAUGAAGCAGCCUCAUAUGAUGAUGACAUUGCUCAUCGAUGGUCCUUCUUCACCUGGAAAUAAUAUUGACGUCUACUUACGCCUUGUAGUGGAUGAAUUGAAAGAACUGUGGGAAAACGGUGUUGACACAUAUGAUGCGGAAACUAAUCAGAUGUUCCGAAUGCAUGCUGUGUUAUUGUGGACUAUAAAUGAUUUUCCUGCCUAUGCAAUUUUGUCUAGAUGGAGCAUGAAAGGCGCUUUAGCUUGUCCUUGUUGUAACACACAUACUCGUUCUCGAUAUUUGAAGAAUGGAAGGAAAUUAUGUUACAUGGGGCAUCGUCGCUGGUUGAAUGGGGGUCACAAAUUUCGGAAAGCUAGUGCGUCUUUUGAUGGCACUCAUGAAUUCAAACCAUGUCCAACUCGGUUAUCAGGGGCUAAUGUGCUACAACAACUAGGCCAUAAGUUCAAAUUGAAUUCUAAGCGUCAACAAUCUAGCAAACGAAAUAGAAAGGGGAAAGAAAAGGAGGAAAACGAGGACUUGGGUCAUAAUUGGAAGAAGAAGAGUAUUUUCUUUGAGCUAUCAUAUUGGGAGCAUAAUUUGAUUCGCCACAAUCUUGAUGUGAUGCACAUUGAAAAGAACGUGUGUGAUAAUGUAUUGUGGACGAUAUUAAAUGUUGAUGGGAAAGGGAAAGACAAUUUAAAUACUCGUCGAGAUUUGCAAGAUAUGGGAAUUCGGAAGGCACUAUAUCCUCAGAAAAGGGUUGGGAACAAGUAUUAUUUGCCUCCUGCAUGUUUUGCCAUGAACAAUAGAGAGAAAAGUCUAUUCUGCACACUUCUAAAGAAUAUCAAAGUUCCAGAUGGUUACGCAUCCAAUAUUUCUCGUCGGGUUAACCUCAAACAGCGUAGUAUAUCUGGACUAAAAAGUCAUGAUAACCAUAUACUCAUGCAACAAAUACUUCCAAUAGCAGUGAGAAAUUUGUUACCGAAGAAAGUGGUUGAACCAUUAAUUGAGUUAAGCAAUUUCUUCAGGCAAUUGUGCUCUAAACCCUAG